GGCCCCAUCGAGGCACCCGCCUCAUUGGCUGUGGCUGGCUCGCAAAAGUGGCGUUGCGCAUGCGCGCUUCUUUGCGGGAGGUGGGCUGUCGGGUGCGUUUAGCUCUCCAGCCUCAGCCUCCAUCGCCUUUUCAGCACCCCGGGUUCUCCUCCAGAGUGUUAGUCCCAGGAGCUCGGAAUGUUCGUGGAACUUAAUAACUUGCUUAACACCACCCCCGACAGGGCGGAGCAGGGGAAACUGACUCUACUCUGUGAUGCCAAGACAGAUGGGAGUUUCCUUGUACACCACUUUCUCUCCUUCUACCUCAAAGCUAAUUGUAAAGUCUGCUUUGUGGCACUCUUCCAGUCCUUCAGCCACUACAAUAUCGUGGGACAGAAGCUGGGUGUCAACCUGACUGUGGCGCGGGAGCGUGGGCAGCUUGUGUUCCUCGAGGGACUCAAGUCCUCAGUGGACGUCUUCUUCCAGACUCAAGAGGAGCCACAUCCCCUGCAGUUUCUCAGGGAGGCUAAUGCUGGAAACUUGAAACCAUUGUUUGAGUUUGUACGGGAGGCCCUGAAGCCAGUAGACAGUGGAGAGGCUCGGUGGACGUACCCGGUGCUGCUGGUGGACGACCUCAGUGUACUCCUGAGCCUGGGCAUGGGGGCGGUGGCUGUGCUAGACUUCAUUCACUACUGCAGAGCCACCGUGUGCUGGGAACUAAAGGGAAACAUGGUGAUCCUUGUGCACGACAGUGGAGAUGUGGAGGAUGAGGAGAAUGACAUCUUGCUGAAUGGCGUCAGUCACCAGAGCCACCUGAUCCUGCGGGCUGAGGGCCUGGCCACUGGCUUCUGCAGGGAUGUGCAUGGGCAGCUGAGAAUCCUGUGGAGGAGACCAUCGCAGCCCACAGCCCAGCGGGAUCAGAGCCUCACUUACCAGUAUAAGAUACAGGACAAAAGCGUGUCCUUUUUUGCCAAAGGAAUGUCUCCUGCUGUUCUGUGACCUGAUUUGGGAGCAGCUGAAGCUACGUAGGACUGUUUUUGGAUGUGGAAGAUAGAGCAACCUUGCAGGAAUGGGUCUUUCUCCUCUGUAGUAGUAUUUCAGGCUGGACCGGUGACUCCACUGUGACCAAGGAGGGUUGAGUGCCGCAGUGAUGGCAUACCUUGGCUGUCCUGGGCCCUGUUCAGAAAACAUGACAAGGGACCACGAUCCUGCCUCUGCUGAGAGAGAGGCUGGAUGCUAGACCCAAGUGAAAGGGGUCCCUCGGAGCCUUUGUUUAAAUAUGCCUUAGUCCAGCUGCCCAUUUUUGGUUGACAUGCCUUUCAGAGCCAGAGAGGGUAUAAAUGUGCCAGCCAGGAGAUGGCACCAGAUGGCAGGUGUGCAAGGUGACAACUAGGAUAAUCAUGGCUAGAAUAAAGUAAGUUUCCACACUGG